GAUAUAGAACCUAUACUGUGUCUGAAACCGACUCAGACUACAGUAGUAUGACCCCCGACGGAACCUAUACUGUGUCUGGAAGCGACUCAGUCUUCACUUCAUCACCCAGCAGAUCCUAUAGUUUAUCUGGAACCGACUCAGGCCUCCUUAGUAUGACACCCGGCAGAACCUAUACUGUGUCUGGAAGCGGCUCAGCCUUCAGUACGUCACCCAGCAGAUACUAUACUGCAUCUGAAGGCGACUCACCCAGCAGAUACUAUACUGCAUCUGAAGGUGACUCUACCAGCAGAUACUAUACUGCGUCUGAGGGCGAAUCACCCAGCAGAUACUAUACCGCGUCUGGAAGCAACAUAUUUGCCGCUCGUACACCUCCUGGUCCUCCUAAUCCUGGGCCUGGUCCUGGUCCAGGGCCUGGGCCUGGGCCUGGGCCUGCUCCUGCUCCUGGUCCUGCUCCGGCUCCAGCUCCUGCUGCAGCUCAUAGACCUCCAGCUGCUCCUGGUCCUGCUCCAGUUCCUGCUCUCGUUGCUGCUCCUGGUCCUGGUCCUGGUCCGGGUCCUGGCCCUGGUCCUGCUGCAUUCUGGGGACGUCCAAGAUAUAGAACCUAUACUGUGUCUGAAACCGACUCAGGUUACAGUAGUAUGACACCCGGCAGAACCUAUACUGUGUCUGGAAGCGACUCAGUCUUCACUUCAUCACCCAGCAGAUCCUAUAGUCUAUCUGGAACCGACUCAGGCCUCCUUAGUAUGACACCCGGCAGAACCUAUACUGUGUCUGGAAGCGGCUCAGCCUUCAGUACGUCACCCAGCAGAUACUAUACUGCAUCUGAAGGUGACUCACCCAGCAGAUACUAUACUCCGUCCGAAGGUGACUCUACCAGCAGGUACUAUACAGCGUCUGAAGGCAACUCACCCAGCAGAUACUAUACUGCAUCUGGAAGCAACAUAUUUGGAGGUGUGUCAUCCUACAGAACCUGUACUGUCUCUGGAACCAACAUUGCCUUUCCUUCCAACUACAAGCUCUUCCAUUCCAUACAUCUCCUUUCUUUUUAAAAUUACCAUCUCUGAAGCAAAUUCACUUUCUCUGAACAGACUCCAUAGGGCCUCCCCAAGGAGCCAGUACACCUCGUGCUCCUAUUCCUGCUGUUGGUGGUAAGUCUGCUUGUGAAAACGUUAUAGUGAUUUGGAUGUGGGUUGAGAUCCCACAUGCAAGCGGACUGGUUGAGCUGGGUGGGUGGGUGUGUGCAUUUUGAUUUUUUUCCUUUUAUUACGUUAUUCAAACAUAACCAUUUCCAAUCAGUGCAUUUCCUUGGUUUGUAAAUCCCAUUUUUCCUCAAGAGAUAAUAUUCAGCCUCAUGUUUCACCCCAAGCAGCUCAUACACCUCCUCGUCAUCCUGGUCCUGGUCCUGCUCCAGGUCCGGCUCCUGCUCCUGCUGGUGAGUGUCUUUUUCCUGCAAUUGUACUCACUGGGAUGUGGGUUCCUACCCAGCAUCUCUCUUCACGCUGCACAGCUUCUGUAUACCAAUACAGCAAGGCUUCACUGGAAACGUAAUGGAGCAUUACAAAUAUGGCGAACAGAAAUGUUAUAAUACUUUUUUAGAGAAUAGUAAGGGGAAGACGAUGUCUAACAGAGAGUUUAAAAUUAUUAUUGGAAAGUUUUACUUUUCUAAU